AUGGAUUUGGCUUAUGCUGCUGGGCGACCUGGAGGCACCAUGACUGGAGUUCUUAGUGCAGCUAACGAGAAAGCUGUUGAACUGUUUAUCGAUGAAAAGAUCAACUACCUGGACAUUUUUAAGGUCGUGGAGCUAACAUGUGAUAAGCAUGAGGCAGAGCUGGUGUCCUCGCCUUCGCUUGAGGAAAUCAUACAUUAUGACUUGUGGGCACGGCGAUAUGCUGCCAGUUUCCAACCCUCAGCUGGUUUGAGUCCGGUUCUUGUAUGA